AUGGCGACGAUAUUCCAGAGCUUCCGGAGCUCGACUCUGUCGAAGCGCCUCCUCAUCUACGCCCUGCGGCGGCUGGAGCUGCUGGACGAGGAGACCCUGGACAUGGAGAACCUGCAGUUCGCACUGGGAAGAACCACCACGGCUGAGUUCAAGGACGUCGGGGUGCGCCUCAAGAAACUCGAGCGCCUCCUCCAACUCCCGGCAUCGUUCCAGAUCCAGAAGGCCAAAGUCCUGAAACUGAGCGUCACGAUCCCCGUCGACUUCUACACGAGCCCCAUCGUAAUCGAAAUCGACGGCGUCGACGUCCGCUUGAAGGUGUCCGCGGGCGGCGACGAUAACAAGACCAAGACGACGACGACAACCACGACCACGACGUCAUCGACCGACGACUCCGAGCUGCCGAAUACCGUAAACCUUGCCCAGUCGUUCCUGAACGAAGAUGCCGCCCUGAAGGAUGCCUCGGUAGCCGCUGAAAAGAGGAGGUUAGAGGAUGCCCUGGCAGCCGAGGCGCAAGACCUCGGCGGUUCGAUGGCCAUGAGCGACAGCGGAAUCAGCGAAGACGGAAGCCAGUUUGGGACAGGCCAGCCGCUGUCGCUACCGGGCUUUCUGGCCGGUUUUCUCCAAGGCAUCGUCGAUCGCAUCCAGGUGCGCAUCCGAGGCGUCACUUUUCAGCUGGACGUCGAGGUUCCCAUCGAGCCGAACGCGACGGCCCCCGAGUUGGUCACCUUCCAGCUCGCCCUGGAUCGCAUAGACGUGGAGGGCGUCACCGCCGAGGCGCAGAACGACGAGGGUGCCCCGACGAUUGUGCCCAAGGACGGAAAGCGCCACAUCGCCCUGUCCAAGAUUCGAGCGUAUCUCAUUUCGGAAGCGAACGUCUUUUCGCAGUUUGCGCGCUCGCCGUCGGUUUCCUCGCCUGCCGUUUCCCAGUCUCCGUCGUUUAGCGAGCGAAGCGCGCCCUCGAGACAGAGUACUUUCAAGCCCAGUAUGCACGAAAGCUUUCUUUCGGACUCGGCCGAUCUUUCCGAGGUAGAUGAUGCCCUGCUGCAAGACAGCGAGGAGGCAUUCAACAUUCCGUACGACUUCUCGAGCCAGCCGGAAGAGCCGGUGGAGGAGGAGGAGACGAAUACGCCGCGCGCCUCUGUUUAUCAAGACUUCUCUCCCCGAGGCCAUGUGCCAAUCUCUCACUCCACCGUCCUCGGCGAUGACGACCAUGCUGCCCCGUGGGCCAGUUUUCAACGGGAGGCAAGAUCGGAACCAUCGCUUCAGCCCACUGAAGGAAUCCCCCGCAUGACAUCCUCCGACUCUGUAAACUUGGAGUCGUCGCAGCACUCCAGCUCCGCCAGUCACAGCUCUUUACCCGCCGAAGACGAAGAUCUAGCCCAGUCACAUCUCUUCACUCACGAGGAGGCUGAGAGCAUGUAUAUGAGUGCCUUCUCCCAAACCGACGCGCAACAAGCUGGAUCACGGAUGCCUGGAGGUUGGGACGACCCGAGCCCUGAGUCUUCUCCGGCCUUCAAAAAGGCGAGCCCGGUUCUACGACAGCCGCCAUCCCCAGUCAAAUAUGCCGACGCGAAUGAGCCACCGAGCCCCGAAUUCUCGGAUGCGCCUUCAGCACCUCAACCGACGACUUCUACGGCAGCUGAGGUUUCUGACCAGGACGUGGCAAAUAAGAGCAGAACUCAGGAUUCAUCGAUAAAGACGCCCAAGGAGCAAAGCGAGUCGGAUGCUCCUGCUCCUCCAGACGAUGUCGCGACUCCGAGAGGCCCGACGAGACUUGUGAAGGAGAUUGUAUCCCUCAACAACAUUUCAUUAUACGUUCCCUCGUUACACCAGCAUGUACACGUUCCUGCCGACGCACAAGCAUCUGUCCUGAGCCAAGCACCGGGUUCUCCAGGCUUGGCGAGAUCUGUGGCACCUCAAGUUCCUGGAGCGUUCUCCGUAUACUCGACAUCACCAGGAAUGAGAUCAAGCAUGGCGCCCCGGUCCCCUGGUCCCGUCUUGACAGAGCCCCAGAGUGAUGGAGGCGUGGAGGUGAAUAUGUCGCCCCUGGAAGUCCGCUUCGACGCGUCUUUGGCGUAUCUGCUUGCGGUAGUGGUUGGCAAAUUGAUGGAGGCUUUGAAGAGCAGCAGUCCGGCUGCGACCCCGAAGACGACUGCCACAGCGAAGCCUCAGCAGGAAUCUUCAAUGCCUGACAUCAAAGUGAUGUUCGAAAAGAUUUCGCUCCACUUCCUCCAUCAGCUUCCCGGGGUUGCUGACACCGCAGAGAGAAUCUUUGGUGCUCCUGGACUGCCGAUGCAGCCCGAAAUUCUGCUGCGUACGGAGCUUGACAAUCUCGGCGUAUCCCUCAAGGCAGUCAAGCAGUCACUCGAAACGACCGUCGAUCUCGAAAAGUUCCGCUUCGGCUAUGCAAGAGAUGAUAUUGUCUCCUUCGACCAAAGCCUGCAAAUGCGGGCGUCUGUCAUGGACAAGUUCCCCUCGGCAGGCUCGGAUAUCUCAGUCAAAGUGAUAACGUCUCCCGACUCGACUCGAACGGAGAUCACAACAUUACCACUACUGGUACAACUCGACCUGCAGAGACUCGACGAGACCUUCAGCUGGUUUGGCGGGUUGAGCAGUUUUCUUAACAUGAGCUCCUCAAUGUCGUCGAGCGCCUCUCCUCCCGUGAAAACGCCGGUUCAGCCCCCUCCGAAGCCUCGUGGCGUUCGAUUUGAUGCUCCCAUUAACCCAGACGAUAAAUCGGCAGCGUCAGAGAACAAGAUUGAUAUGAGAAUCGGGGGAUUUAAUCUGGAGCUCAAAGGCAGGGAGUGCAGCGUAGGUCUUGAAACGAGUGCAGUCAAGAUGGUGAGCCGGGAGCUGGGUAUUGGAUUCGCCAUCAGCAAGGUUCGACUUGCCGGUCCAUACAUCAGAAACUCUCGCUCAGAACCGCCCAUUUCAGCCGAGGUGGGCGGUGUACGAUUCGAGUAUCUCGCGACGCCAAAAGACAAAGAUCUCGAGAGACUUCUGGAGCUCAUUAUCCCAUCCAAGGUUAAAUUCGACCAAGGAGACGACGAGAUCAUGGUGGACACCCUCCUCAGACAGAGACGGAAGGGAGCCGUUCUCAGAGUUACUUUCGAUCAGUUCAACGUCCGAGUUGAGCGCAUGCAUCAACUCAACUGCCUCCCUGCGUUGGGCGAAGAGGUCGCGCGGCUAGCGACCGUUGCCAAGUACCUCCCAGAGGACGAUCGACCUGGGGUGCUCCUCCUCGCGGAGAUCAAGGAGUUGGGCGCCGUUGUCGAUAUUGGCGGCAAAAUCGGUGUGAUCAAUGCCAACCUCAAAGGCUUCGAGGUUGCUCAAAUUACGGUCCCCUCGCUGGUUGCGUUCGGCGUGCAUGGCGUCUCGGUGAACCGCAACCACCGAGAGGAUCUCGUGAGUUCAUCGACGACACUACCUCCCGGAACACUCACUCAGGGUCCGGUUCUCAUGGUUCGCAUGAUUGGUGAUGAGAUGGAGCCAGUGAUCAAGGUCAAAAUGCGCGAUAUACUCGUCGACUACAGAGUUCCGACUAUCAUGGAUGUUCUCGGACUCGGGGAAGAUGCCACUCCCCAAGACUUUGAGGCCAGUCUUGCCGCCUCAGUUGCCAACCUGGGAGAACAAACUCACGCAGCCCUGGUUGGAAAGAAGUCCCCACCGUCUCGAUCGCCAGACCCUGUUCGACCUGGUAGUAAGCCUAUGAUGGUUGACGUGGUUUUCCGCGAUUGCUUGAUUGGACUCAACCCCCUGGGACUGCCCUCAAAACUCCUCCUCGCGUUGACAGAUGCCCGCCUUCAAGUGGUUCUCCCCAAGGAUGUGGACACGACGGCCAAGCUUGAACUCAACAAGGCUUCAAUUCUCCUCAUUGAUGAUUUGGCUAACAUAGGCUCGAACGCCUCUACCGUGAACCGUCGCCAAUCAGCAGACGUGUCUUCUCAGCAAGUUUCCCGACUUGCAGCUCAAGGCUACGUCAGCAUUUGCUACAUCUCUUCCGCAAAGGUCAAUGUGCAGGUCACCGAAAGUCGAGAAGAUGGUGAGAAGCACAUCGAUGUCGAAUUGCGUGACGAUCUCUUGGUCCUGGAGACUUGUGCCGAUUCCACGCAGACUCUCAUUACUCUCGCGAACGCGUUGAAGCCGCCGACCCCGCCCAGCAAAGAGAGCAGGUACAGAACCAAGAUCGUCCCUGUGCAAGACCUCUUGGCGUCGAUCUCCGCAGACGCGUUCGGCAAGGCGGAAGGCGACUAUGACUUUGAUAAGGACUUUGAGCUCGCCCAAGAGCUUGGUGGUGACGACGACUAUGAGAUGCCGAGCGAUGACAGCGAACUGCCAAUUGACCCCCAAUACUACGACGAUGCCGGCCCUUCACAUACCCUUUUCGACGCAGAGGAAUCGGUCACGUCGGAUGCUACAACGACGCAUGGCACAAGGCGGCACGGAUCCGCGCUUACAGAUUUCGACGCCGUCGACUCGAUCCACGUGUCAGACGACGGAAGCGAUUUGGUCAUCCACGACAACUUCUUCGAUAAGGGGAAGGAUAUUGACGGUAGAGCCCAGAUCUGGAACUCGUCCAAGAAUGCCUACGAACCGGCUCCGAAGAGCCUCGUCAAGAAGGCCCCCCUCAGAGUGUCGGUCCGUGAUGUGCACGUUAUCUGGAACCUGUUCGACGGAUACGACUGGGAGCGCACGCGCAAUGUUAUCAGCAAGGCCGUGCAGGACGUCGAGGACAAGGCUUACGAGCGCCGCCGCCGCGCGGAACGCAUCACGUUCGAGGAUGACGCCGAAGAAGACGAGACGGUCAUUGGCGACUUCCUCUUCAACUCGAUUUACAUUGGUAUCUCGAGCAAACAAGAUCCUCGAGAGCUCGCGCAGAUGGUCAACCAGGAGUUGAACGACAACGCUACCGAGACCGAGUCGCUUGCUACUACGGCCUUCACGACGGCGACGGGUCGUGCUGGCGGCGCCCACAGACCCAAGAAGAGACUGAGAUUGAACCGGAGUAAGCAUCACAAGAUCACGUUCGAGCUUCAGGGUGUCAACGUCGACCUGAUCGCGUUCCCUCCGGACUCUGGCGAGACUCAGAGCUCCAUUGAUAUCCGGGUGCAUACUCUGGACGUCUUCGACCAUGUCCCGACGUCGACGUGGAAGAAGUUCCUCACAUAUGACCAAGACGCUGGCGAGAGGGAGAUGAGCGCCAGCAUGGCUCACCUGGAACUGCUCACGGUGAAGCCUCAGGCGGAUCUCGCGGCAUCCGAUAUGGUUUUGAGGGUCACGCUUUUACCUCUCAGACUUCACGUCGAUCAGGAUGCUCUAGACUUCAUCACUAGAUUCUUCGAGUUCAAGGACGACAGUGCUCCCGUGCACAGCUCGCCCAACGACAUUCCCUUCCUCCAGAGAGUCGAGGUCAACGACAUACCUGUCAAACUGGACUUCAAGCCCAAGCGUGUGGACUAUGCCGGACUGAAGUCAGGCCGCACGACCGAGUUCAUGAACUUCAUCAUCCUCGACGAGGCUCGUUUGACUCUGCGCCACACCAUCAUAUACGGCGUUACUGGCUUUGACAGGAUGGGCAAGAUGCUCAACGACAUCUGGAUGCCCGAUGUACAGAACACCCAACUCGCUGGUGUCCUCGCCGGUCUCGCGCCAGUACGGGGCAUUGUUAAUAUCGGCAGCGGGUUCAAGGAGCUCAUCGAGGUCCCCAUCAAGGAGUACAAGAAGGACGGCCGCAUCGUCCGCAGCAUCGGCAAAGGCGCGACUGCAUUCGCCCGGACCACCGGCACCGAGAUGGUCAAGUUCGGAGCCAAGCUGGCGAUCGGCACCCAGUACGCGCUGCAGGGCGCCGAGGGCCUGCUCAACAAGCCGCCGACGGACAACACGUGGGAGGACGCCGAUCUCGACCCGGAGGAGAAGAAGCAGAUCUCCCUGUACGCGGACCAGCCCGCCGGCGUGAUCCAGGGUCUGCGAGGCGGGUACUCGAGUCUCGCGAGGGACCUGAACAUGGCCCGCGACGCCAUCAUCGCGGUACCGGCCGAGGUCAUGGACAGCCAGAACGCGCAGGGCCUCGCCAAGGCAGUUUGGAAGCGGGCGCCCACCAUCAUCUUCCGGCCGGCCAUCGGGGCCUCCAAGGCCAUCGGCCAGACCCUGAUGGGAGCGACGAACAGUCUGGAUCCGCAGAACAGGCGGAGAGCGGAGGAGCUCAAGUCGAAGUUGAAGCCGUGUGAAAGUCGAGAUCGCAUCCCCGGAGCCGUCAACCUCAUAACCGCCAACAUGUCGGACGGUACGCGCGCCGUUGACUCGGACAGGGUCUGGACAACCCUCAUCACGAACCUCGACUACCUCCCGGGCCUCCUGACCCUCGCCCACUCCCUCGUCAAGUCCGGCUCCGCCUACCCCCUCGUCGCCCUCUACACCGACACCUUCCCCGCCGAGGGCCUCGCCGCCCUCGAGCGCCGCGGCAUCCCCGCCCAGCGCAUCGAGUACCUCCUCCCCACAAAGGGCCGCGACUACUCCAACGACCCCCGCUUCUACGACUGCUGGAGCAAGCUCACCCCCUUCUCCCUCGACCAGUACGCCCGCGUCGUCCAGCUCGACAGCGACAUGCUCGUCCUCCGCAACAUGGACGACCUGAUGGAGAUGGACCUCGACGACGGCGACUUCGCCGCCGAGAACACCCCCGCCGGCGUCAUCGGGAGCUCCAAGCGCGUCGACGCCGAGAGCGGCUACGGCUCCGGCGAGGACGGCAACGGCGAGCCGGUCCCCAGGACGACGACGACGACCAACCCCAGCGUGCGCGUCUUCGCCGCCGGCCACGCCUGCGUCUGCAACCCGCUCAGGAAGCCGCACUACCCCAAGGACUGGACGCCCGAGAACUGCGCCUUCACGACGCAGCACGACACGCCCGACGAGGCGCAGAGCGUCGGCCCGGACCCGGUGACGGCGAGUCCCUUGGGCUUCAUGAACGGCGGCCUGCAGGUGGUCAACCCGUCCAAGAAGCUCUUCCAGCAGAUCGUGCGGCACAUGGAGGACGGGGCGAUGGACAUGGACUUCGCGGACCAGAGCCUGCUGUCAGAGCUGUACCGGGGCCGGUGGGUGCCGCUGCCGUACGUGUACAACGCGCUCAAGACGCUGCGGUGGGAGGGGGUGCACGACAAGAUCUGGAGGGACGAGGAGGUGAGGAAUAUCCACUACAUCCUGGCGCCGAAGCCGUGGGAUGAGGUGGACGCGGAGGGGAACUGGACGGGGACCGAGGAGAGUCAUCGGUGGUGGGUUGAUUAUAAUAACGAGAGGAGGAGGGGGGAGAAGGAGAUCGGGGUUGAUGAUGGCUUUUAG